CAAAAGAGAAGCAACAAUUUACCGCGAAUUUUCUUUGCUGACCAAACUCAUUAUUUUUCUCUCAUGUCAUAGGCUACUCUAUUCUCUUGGAUUAUAUAAGAUGUGUUUUAUCACGUAGUCACUAAUGUUGUGAAUUAUAGUGAAUGCCCCCUGUAGUCAUUUCUUUUUAUUUGUAGCCUAUCUAGCAUUGAAAUCUGUUGUGAAAUGGAUGACACAUUAGCUCAAAAUCAGAGACUGAAAGCGGCCAUUCAUUUUACCACGGGACAAAUAUGUCAAACAAUUGCUGCGGAUUGUGGGAGUGAGUUUAGCAGACAAACAAUCGCUGCAAUCGCCGAAACGACAUAUCGACAAUGUGAUAUUUUUGCUAAAGACUUGGAGUCGUUUGCAAGACACGCCAAAAGAAGCACAAUCAAUGUUGAUGACGUGAAACUUGUUUCAAGGCGAAGCACUGCACUGUCCACUUAUAUCCAGCAGAAGAGUGAGGAACUUGCAAGUGCACACCAGGAGCAGAAAGAGAAGCGGAAAAAGAGUAGUGCAAAGAGGAAACACCAGGAAACAGAAGACAACGAGGACUGACCAGAGUCAAGGCUGUUUGUGUGGAAAGCCCCUGCAAGCAUUUGUGUAUUGGGUAGCAGCUGUUGACUUGUGUGUUUACUACUUAAAACAAAACACAAAUGUC